AUGGAUCAGUGCAAGGAAAAACGAGAUGCAGUGGAAGUGAGUGUUGCUCUUGAUGAUGUUUCUUCUCCAAAAGAAAAGGAAAAAGAGAGUGAGGAUUUGGAAGCAGAGUCGCUUCUGGCAAUGGCAGUGAUCAGGAAACAGCUGAAUGGGAUCCACAUCGAUUCGAACAAUCAGAAUUGGAACCCUCAAACACCUAACCUCGGUAUUUUUGACCCUUUUGCUCCUGCUUCUGAAGACAUGGUGCGGGCACCCCGCUCUCGCAAGUAUCACGAAGAAGUGAGGAACGGUAUUACUCGCAAACUUCUAUUUCGUUCCGCCACUCAGCAUCAAGAUGAAUCUGUUUCAGAGUAA